GUAAAAUUUACAUUAAUGAUGGAUUUCGAUCUUUUUAGCAAUUUCGAUUUAUUGCUAGAAGCAGCUCAAAUGAUGCUGGACGCUUCUGUAGCGGAUGAGACCGAUGUGUCCAGCGUACACCAGACAAGCGACAGCACACUGACGGCAACAGACAUUGACUUAACCCAUGCCUAUGCCGAUCAACGGAAGCCAUUCAAGAAUAUUACCAACAGUGACGUCAGCACUCUCAGUGCCAACAGCGAACGAUCAUCCGGCAAGCAACCGAGUCAGCGGCUCAACGUUACGCAGGAACCCCAGCUGAAACGUGAACGUUCUGGAGUGUCAGUUACAAGCCUCAACAGCAGCUGCCGAUCAAAUGGACGCGAUCCACCGUCGCUUAACGACGCCCAGGACUCUCAACUGAAGCGCACCAGUUUCGCCGUCAACAGCAGCCUCGAUACGUCAGCCCGAGGAGCAACGGAAGCGUCGCGUCAGCGGCUCAACCUUACGCAGGAACCCCAGCUGAAACGCGAACGUUCUGGAGUGUUGGUUACAAGCCUCAACAGCAGCGGCCGAUCAAAUGGACGCGAUCCACCGUCGCUUAACGACGCCCAGGACUCUCAACUGAAGCGCACCAGUUUCGCCGUAAACAGCAGCCUCGAUACGUCAGCCCGAGGAGCAACGGAAGCAUCGAGUCAGCGGCUCAACGUUACGCAGGAACCCCAGCUAAAACGCGAACGUUCUGGAGUGUCAGUUACAAGCCGAUCAAAUGGACGCGAUCCACCGUCGCUUAACGACGCCCAGGACUCUCAACUGAAGCGCACCAGUUUCGCCGUCAACAGCAGCCUCGAUACGUCAGCCCGAGGAGCAACGGAUACGUUGCGUCAGCGGCUCAACCUUACGCAGGAACCCCAGCUGAAACGCGAACGUUCUGGAGUGUUGGUUACAAGCCUCAACAGCAGCGGCCGAUCAAAUGGACGCGGUCUACUGUCGCUUAACGCCACCCAGAACACUCAGCUGAAGCGUACACGUGCCGGAGUGUUGGUUACAAGUUUCAACAGUGGCCGGUCAAUCGAACAUGGCUCACCAUCGGCUUCGCUGAUCGGAAGCCCUGAAAAGUAUGCUGAAGCCGAAGACAUCGCGGCAAUCAGUCCAAUACGGCGUAAGCUGUCUGCGCAUCAACUGGAAUUUACGACGAACACACAUAAGGAAGCUAAAGAAACAUCUAACAACCUGCCCGCUCCCAAACGUCUCCCUACGACGUCAUCCCCAAAUAGGCGUGAGUUUCCGGAUGAAGACCCUUUUGGGGACAUCACAGUGAUUAGCAGAAACAACUGUUUAUUCGAUGAUGCUGGUUUUGAAGACGCAGAGGACGAAGACGAAGGCAGCGAAGAACACCCGGAAGAAGCAGAAUAUGACGCCGAAGUAGAUGUGGAAAGUGAUGGAGAGGAGUCGACACCGUACGUGAUACACGUGAGCCUCGUUGAACAGUACUUUAUGCCGUACGCGAACCUAAGUCUCUUCGACGACCAUGACCCGCUGGAAACGAUCGACCCACUGCAAACGAGCGCAAGUACAUCUGAAAGUGUAAUCGUGCCCAAGAGAAAACUAAACGACAACCUCGGUGGACACGUUGACGCUGCAAAUGCCCAUAGCGCAGCACCUACGACGGCGCUGAACGUGCCAGCCGGAGAUUUCCGAGACUUGAACAUCGACGCGAUCCAAAAGAAACAAAAGAAAAAGACAACAAGCAACCGAGAUCUCCGAGCAAAGGGUUUGCCAUACCUCCGCCGGAACGGAACGAUGGCUCCGGCAAGACGACUUAAAACACCAUGCGAGUGCAAGAAACUUAAGUGCCACGAAACGUUUUCGGAUGAGAUGCGAGCGCUAUUUUUCAAGACUUUCCUAAAGUUAACUUCCUCUGCACAGAACCAGUUUCUGAGCAAUCAUGUGCUCAUUAAGCUCGUUGCGUACCACAAUGUUGUUAACUCUCGACGAACGUAUACAUACACCUAUCACCUGCCUGCCUGCGGAGGAAUGUUGCGCGUUUGCAAGAAAAUGUUUUUAUCAACAUUCGAUGUUAAAAGCAAGAAAAUGCGCUGUUUAAUGAACAAGAAGCGGUCCGAAUCCGGGAUAGUCGAGGACGACAAGCGGGCGCUCAACCAUAAUCGUUAUACUAUUCCCACGGACGAGGUGAAGUUUAUCAACGGACACAUCCUGUCGUUCCCCUCGUGCACCUCACAUUACGGCCGCGAGAAGUCGUCCAAACUGUUCCUGAGCAGCGACCUGUCGAUUGCAGCUAUGUACAGGCUGUAUGUUGCUGAAUGUACCAAACGAGAAACCCGCCCCGUCCAUUACAACUCCUACAAGGCGAUCUUCAAGACGUACAACCUCGCCUUCCGAACGCUCAAGGUCGACACGUGUGGUACAUGCGACUACCUGGCCGUUUCCAUAAAAGGAUGUCAGCAAGAACGCGAAAAACUGGAACUAGUCAGCAAGCAGACCGACCAUCACCAGCUGUCAAAAUUUGUGUUUGAUCAGAAAACCAUGGAUAUCAAAACUUCCACGACCGACCCAACUGUUGUGACGAUCUCAGGUGAUCUUCAAAAGAACUUACCAACACCUCACCUCCGGUCUGGCGAAUCAUACUACAAACGGCAGUUAUACACCUAUAAUUUUACCCUGUUCCGGAGCUCAGGUGGUACCAAUUCCAGCCACUGUUUCCUCUGGAACGAGUCAAUUGCCAAAAGAGGUUCGCAAGAGGUCGCGUCCUGUCUGAACGUUCAUUUCAAUGAUCCGCACUUCGACGGCGUCAAGCACGUGAACUACUACACGGACAGGUGUGCAGGGCAAAAUGCCAACUUUGUACAUUGUAUGUAUUUCACGCAACUGAUUGAACAACGCGCCUCGUGUGGGAAGGCCCUGACUGUGGAACACAAAUACAUGGUCAGUGGCCACUCCCACAUGGAGGUGGAUGGUGUUCACGGAGCAAUAGAACGUGCGAAACGCAACACUUCACUCAGCAUUGAAAUCCCGCGUGAUUGGGCGGUGUUGAUAUCUCAAGUUCCGCGAAAGGUGCCACUCGCUGUGUACGAAAUGGAGCAGUCUCAAUUCCUUGCGUUCAAAAACUUAUCUUGCCGGUACAAGCGACCAAAACUGAAUGAUCAAGGCGAGCCAAUCUUGUUUCAGCAAGCUAUGGUCUUCAAAUACACGACGGCAGCACCUGGAGUAGUAUUUUACAAAAUCGACCCUCGUGCUGAAGACUUUCAAAGCUUCACGAUCAUUCGCGAAAACGUCGACCCAGAAUUGCCGGAAAUGCCAGCGAUCACAGAUCAACCGAUUGAGCUUUCUCAGGAAAAGCUUUCCGAUUUGAAGAGCUUGCUCAAGUACGUGAGUGAGCCGAACAAGCCGUAUUACCAAGCCCUUUUGAAGAAUCUUGUUGCCCCGAAGCGCGGACGGAAGCGGCAAAAUGUCAUUGAUGAUCAUUUCGAGGCGGACCUAGAUCCGUUGGAAGAAUGUUGGUAGUA